AUGGCUGCCGACCUCAAGAAAUCCGGCGGGCACCCCCACCCCAACCCAGUAACAAUCACCAUAGAGGUAGCCGAAGCCGCCGGCGCAGCCACAAACACAACCACCGAAUCCGUCGCCGGUCCCGCCGCCCCAGUCCCGGCCACCUCUUCCGAUCCCACAACAGACCCAACCAAAUCCUCAUCCAGCAGCACCUCAGCCCCCGACGAACAAGUCUACCCCAAGGGCCUCAAACUAGUCCUCAUCAUCGCCUCCCUCUGCCUGGCCGUUUUCCUGGUAGCUCUCGACCAAACCAUCAUCGCGCCUGCUCUGGGCGCCAUCACGCAAGAAUAUGGCACAGUGAAAGACAUAGGCUGGUACGGCGCCGCCUAUCUUUUGUCAACAACAUGUCUACAGCCGACCUACGGCAACUUGUACAGGAUGUUCUCCGUCAAAUUCGUCUACCUGUGCGCUAUCUUCCUCUUCGAGAUCGGUUCCCUCGUCUGCGCCGUCGCGCCUACCAGUACCGCGUUCAUCGUGGGAAGAGCAGUAGCAGGCAUGGGCACCGCAGGCAUGUUUUCCGGCGGCGUGGUUAUUUUAUCCUACACCUUGCCAUUGCGGAUCCGGCCGAUGGCCUUCGGUCUAAUUGGUGCCAUGUGGGGCAUCGCCUCCGUCGCCGGCCCGCUGCUGGGCGGCGCGUUCACAGACAGCAAAGCCACCUGGCGAUGGUGCUUUUACGUCAACUUGCCGAUUGGCGGGGUGGCCAUGAUUGCGAUUUUUGUGUUCUUGCACAUCAACCGGGAGGAUAACCCCAUGGGACUGACGGUGCUGGAACGGGUGAAGAAGCUGGACUUGGUGGGCACGGCGGUGCUGAUUCCUGCGAUUAUCAUGUUGCUGCUGGCGCUGCAAUGGGGAGGGGCUGAGUAUGCUUGGGGGAAUUCGCGGAUUAUUGGAUUGUUUGUGGGCGCGGGAGUGAUGGGACUGAUGUUUGUGGGGAUCCAGAAGUGGAAGGGCGAUCGGGGCACGAUUCCGCCGCGGUUGUACAGGAAUCGGAAUGUGGUUUGUGCCAUGUUUUUUGCCUUCUUUUUUGGGGCGGGGUUUUUUAGUUUGGUUUAUUAUUUGUCCCUCUACUUCCAAGCCAUCAAAGGCGACAGCGCCGUCAAAGCCGGCAUUAAGCUGCUGCCCAUGCUCAUCUCCGUGGUCAUCACCUCCGUCACCACCGGCGGCCUCAUCACCGUUGUGGGGUACUACAACCCCUUUAUCCUGCCGUGCAUGGUCCUCUUCAGCGUCGGUGCGGGCAUGAUCACCACCCUCGGCAUCAACAGCCCCUUGCGCGAAUGGUUCGGCUACCAAGUCAUUGCCGGCCUUGGCAUCGGCGUCGGUUUCCAGACCGGCGUGCUCGUCGUCCAAAAUACCGUUUCUCUCGAAUGGAUCCCCAUCGCCACCGCCUGCGUGCAGUUCCACCAGUCCAUCGGCGGCGCCAUCUUCAUCGCUGUUGCGCAGUCCGUCUUCCAGAACGGCUUGUCGGCGGGUGUCAAGCGGAACGCACCCGGUAUCCCGCCGGAGAUCUUCAUUAAUAGCGGCGCUUCGCAGGUGAGACCGAUCUUGACGCAGAUGGGCCGCGAAGACCUGAUUGAGCCUGUCCUCGAGGCGUAUUUGGAGGGACUGAGACACAGUUAUUACAUCACGGUGGCGUGCGCAUGUUGUGCGUUUGUGGUGGCUUGCGGGUUGGACUGGAAGAAGAUUCAGAGGAAGAGGGGAGGCAAGAAGGAGGGUGAUGGUAAUAACGAGGAAGCGGGGGAGCAGAAGGUGUUGGCUGAUGAGGAAGCUGGAGGAGUGGAGAACAAGCCGACAACGGCUGUGAGUGCGAAUGCGAGUGAGGAGGUGAAGCCUGGAGGUGUUGAAGAAGGAGAAGGUUUGAAGGUUUUGAACGGAUGA